AUGGAGGAUUCAGUAGAGGUUAUGCUUCUGCAUAAAAGUUGCAAGCUCUCCCAACAUACCCAAGAAAAGUCACUCUUCACAGCAGCAUCUGGAGCUUUGCUCAUGGGGGUUUAUGGGCUCUGGACAUUAUUUGCACUUCCUGGAUUUCGGAAAGUUCCCACAAGUCUUAAGGUGCCUUAUUUGCCCUCCAGCAGAACACAGACCCAGAAUGUAAUGAAACUCCUGCAUGGAAGAGCAGGAUGUCUGGCAGAUCUGGGAUCAGGUGAUGGGCGACUGGUAUUUGCUGCCACUGUAGAGGGUUUCCAGUGCACUGGCUUUGAAAUCAAUUCUAUCCUAAUUGGAUAUGCCAGAGUCAACGCAAAGUGGAAGGGAAUACCAUCCAGCACUGCCCGUUUUAUAAACCAGGACUUUUGGGAGAUGGAGGUGUUGGGUAGGAAACUGGAGAAGGAGUUACCAGAUGAGGCUCGUGUGAUUGCCUGUCGCUUCCCAUUUCCCGACUGGACUCCUACAGCCACUGAGGGUGACGGACUGGACCAGGCCUGGGCAUAUGAUAUGAAUGCCAUACGGAAGCUUUCAACACACACUAUGAGAUGA